AUGGAGGAUUUAAAGAGCCAGAAAUCCCUGGUAUCCCCGCCCUACUUAAGUAGAAGUUUGAGCGAGGAGGGAAAUAAAGCAUCAUACGACGACCCGUUGAAUAUUCAGGCCCGAUCCUCGUGGAAAUGUUCGAGGCGCACCGCUGAAGCUGGCAACGCUUUGUUUGGAUUCGUCACUUGGCUAUUCGCUAACGAGUCAACUUUUGAUACUAUGGAGAACAAUGACUUCGAUCGGAGAUCACCUGCUCUCGCGCACCUUGCCAAGGCGGGCGACGCGCCGCUGAUCGAGCCGUGCUUGUCCGAUGAGGAUGCUGAGCGCCUCGUAGAUGCCUACGAACGCAACGACACCACGGAAGCUGAAUUUCUCGCGAUGAUAACGGAAUCUCGCCCGUUUACGCCUCCUUCGACGACCCACUCGGUGCUCAUUGACAGCGGAACCUACUGCUCGGCUGUCGCCAUGUCCACCGACUUCAAGUCGCUCAUUCACGACAACGUGAACGCUGCAUUGAAGGAGAUUUUCGCGGAACAUGGGAUCUCCAUGGUCCAGAAGGCUUCAACGGGAGGUGUUCUUCUCCACGGGACGACUCGUGAAGCGGAGCAGGCCAGGAGCUGCUACACCAACCUGACGCUUCUACUUCGGCCUGGACGAACCGCCAUCGUGCCUGAUGGUAAACGGGUUCGUAACGAAUCAGCUGAUGUAUGGAAGGAAGCUCUUUUUGGCUCGUGGAGGGCGCUCGUUAGCGCCACCGGAAUGUGCCCGAGGGUACAAGAAAUCCGCGUAUGCGGUCACCUUGCCAUAUGCAUCAACUCGCGAACGCAACACGGCAUGCACCGGGCGGCAGCUCGGGCACAAACGCUUGCCGUCAAGAUGCGCGUGUCAACGGUGCAAGAGCCUCAAGAUAACUGCGACCAGCCCACACCUUCUGCGAUCGAUGAUUACAAAGGUGGGGAAAUGGACACGGAGAUGGUCUCAGCAUCCAGCGACGAAGAUGCGGACAUGGCACGCCAUCUCGAAACGGGCUUCAAGAGAAUUGAACGCUCGUUUGCGGACAAGAACCCGUUCGCGGAGCUCGACACUGUCAACUGCGAGUUUGAGGAUUUCCAACCGGAUGCUCCCUCAGACAUGACUCCAGGGUUUCUGAUGGUACCGAUGAUAAGUCGUCCGACGCCUUCGCAAGAACCUCAACCUACGAAACGUCGCUCUGCGAUUUAA